UGUGUGUGCUAACUGCUAGGGUUUAGUUAAUUCACAAAACCAGCAACCCAACCAACCCGAUUCACUGUAACCCUAUUUUCUCGUACCCAAGUUCAACACAUCGACUCAGUGAGUAAAAGCACUUCUCAGAAUCAAUUCUCUGCUAACUGCUUUUUUUUCACUUCUCAGAAUCGAUUCAGUGAGUGAAAGCAGUUUCGGAAUCAAUUCUGUGGAGGAAUUGAUAAGAGAGAAUGAAACUCGACGUCGACGUUUUGAGAUAUCUCUCCAAAGAUGAUUUUAGGGUUCUCACUGCUGUUGAAUUGGGAAUGAGAAACCAUGAAAUUGUACCUACUGAACUCAUUGACCGAAUUGCUCGUCUCAAGCAUGGAGGAACCUACAAGGUUUUGAAAAACUUGCUUAAGAAUAAAUUGUUGCAUCACGACUCUUCUAAAUAUGAUGGGUUCCGGCUUACCUACCUUGGUUAUGAUUUUCUUGCCAUCAAAACGUUGGUGAAUAAAGGAGUGUUUGUCUCUGUUGGUCGCCAGAUUGGUGUUGGAAAGGAAUCCGAUAUAUUUGAAGUUGCUCAGGAAGAUGGAACAGUUCUAGCAAUGAAGUUACAUAGGCUUGGUAGAGUCUCUUUUAGAGCUGUCAAAUCUAAGCGUGAUUACUUGAGACAUCGUAGUAGUUUUAAUUGGCUCUAUUUGUCUCGCCUUGCUGCACUUAAAGAAUAUGCUUUCAUGAAGGCUUUGGAAACACAUGGUUUUCCCGUUCCAAAUGCUCUAGAACAUAAUCGACAUUGUGUGAUCAUGUCACUCGUCCAAGGUUAUCCUCUUGUUCAGGUGAAGCAAUUACAAAAUCCAGAUACAGUUUUCGAGACAAUUAUUGGUAUAGUUAUUCGGCUAGCAGAGCAUGGUCUCAUUCAUUGUGAUUUCAAUGAAUUUAACAUCAUGAUUGACGAUGAAGAAAAAAUUACCGUGAUUGAUUUUCCGCAAAUGGUGUCUGUGUCGCACCGUAAUGCAAAGAUGUACUUCGAUCGAGAUGUUGAAUGUAUCUUUAAGUUUUUCAGAAAGAGGUUCAAUUUGUCUUUUCAAGAAAACAAAGAUGAUAAUGACGAUUCAGAUGAAGGGAGAGACGAAGCUGGUAACCUCUGUUUUUCAGAAAUAGACAGAAGCGCUGGUUUUCUAGAUAAGGAACUUGCUGCUAGUGGCUUUAGUAGAAAAGAUGAGGAAGUUAUUCAGAGGUUUAUUGAAGGUGAGGUGGAAGGUGAUACAGAUUCUGAUAGUGAAGAUGGUGAUUCGGUGAGAAACCUGAAUGAAGCAGACGAUUUAAAUGUUGAUUCAAUAAAUUUAUUGGACCAGGAUGAGGGACAUGAAAGUCAUGGAAAAGAGGAGAGCAUUGAAGCAGGUGAAAGUAGUGGUUCUGAAAAGGAAGAGGCCAACGACACAGAGGAAAACAAUGAUAAUGCAGUGGAAGUUGAAGCUGAACUCACAAAGAGCUUAAGCAAGCAAAGACAACGUGCCAUAGCAUCAUCUCAUAGAGGACGAAAGACACUUGCAUCCAGGAAUUCUUACAAAGACAAGGGUGGUAGGUCAUCUCACAGUUCUAAGGUUCAAAUGCAAAUGAGCAGCUGGUGAGACAUACGGGAAGAGGAAACCCAUGUGAUUGACCUCAUGUCAUUCGAAAAUGUUGAAGUGAACUAUAAAAUACCGAAUAUAUGUGCCAUCUAUUAGAAGGACUAAAUUAUCUGUUUAAAAUUCAAAUAUCUAUAUAGACUAUGGUUGCGAGUUAGAAAAACUGCAUUGUUUCUGUUUUGAGUUGUCUUUCUUCCUGUAGAGAGAAUACUUACAUUUUUUUUGAAUGAAAAUUUUGCCUUCCUAUA